GUCCUUCGUCAUAGAUCGACAGACCUGAUCUCACAGAGCUAGUUACGUUCGUGAGAAAGUCUUGCCCUAGAAGGACCCUUUUCUCUCUACGUCGUCCGUCGGUUCUUGCUUUCGAGCUUCUGCUCUCCGUAACCAACGACGUCUCACGGCACACCUUACCCUACUUCCUACCGGUCGAUAGCAGCCAUCACCUCGUCGCAUCGGGGUAGUGCAUAGGCUGUUCAAAACAGGGUCGUGUUAGCGCUGUCAGCGUCCCCUGCUUUGAAGCGCGUUCGGCGGGUUUUUUUUUUUCUUUUUUCAAGGCGCCUUGGCAUGGAAUAGAAGAGUAAAAUACAACGCGUCAUGAGAUUAGCCGAGUUUGCGAGUAUGGGGAAGGCAGGAGGGAGGGGCCUGUGUCUGUCCACUCUCCUUGUUCUGCUCGUCGCGGUUCUCGUCCUGCACUCCGCAACUCCCGCGCUAAGUCAAGAUGUUGCCAGCAGACAUGGAAAAGGAGCCUUGGGAUUCGAGGACACGUGGCAAUUGUUGAAUGGCCAGGCAUCGAUAUCUGAGACAGAGAAGAAAUUGGAGGAGGAUUUAGAAGUUGUCGCGCGUCGACUAGCCUCGUCGUCAUCCGACUCCGGCAGUGGCGACAGCGGCAGCGGCAGCAGCAGCGGCAGCGGCAGCGGCAGCGGCAGCGAUAGCGGCAGCGGCAGCGGUAGCGGCAGCGGCAGCGGUGGCGGCAGCGGCAGCGGCAGUUCGUCAUCGUCGUCAGGCUCCAGCAGUGGCGACAGCGGCAGCGGCAGCGGCAGCGGUAGCGGCAGCGGCAGCGGCGACUCUUCGUCCUCGUCGUCUGAUUCAGGCGGCAGCUCUUCCUCUUCCUCAUCGGGAUCGUCGUCAGAUUCUGGAAGCUCCGACUCAUCGUCAUCGUCAUCGUCUUCAGGCGGCGAUUCCUCCUCGUCUUCGUCUAAAAACAGCGGUAGCGGAAGCGACGGAGGCGGAAGUUCCGGCAGCUCUUCCGAUUCCUCGAACUCCGACUCUUCGUCCUCUGGUUCGUCUAGCUCUUCUGGUUCGUCCAGCUCUGGCGGGAAGAAGAAAAAGAAGAGCUCAGGAAGCUCUGACUCCUCUGGAAGCUCCGAUUCUUCUUCGUCGUCGUCGUCUGGCGGCGAUUCGUCAGGCAGCGAUUCUUCAUCCUCCUCGUCGUCCUCCUCUUCCUCUUCGAAGAAAAAGAAAUCGAAGGAAAGUUCCAAGAGCAGCAAGUCGUCAGGAGAUUCUUCAGGAUCUGAUAGCGGUGGAGGUUCCUCCUCAAAAUCUUCAGGAGAUUCGUCAGGAGAUUCGUCAGGCUCGUCGGAUUCUUCUGGAUCGUCGGAUUCUUCAGCGGAUAGUAGCGGCGAUUCAUCCUCGUCCUCUGACUCAGGAUCUGACGGAAACGGAGACGGCUCGUCGUCCUCCUCCUCCAAAUCCUCUUCUUCGUCUUCUAAGAAAAAGAAGAAAGGGAAGGGGAAGAAGGGAUCGUCGAGCAAGGACAACGGAGACGGGUCGUCGUCUUCCUCUUCCUCCGGAUCCGGAUCGGACGGCGGAGACAGCUCGAGCUCUUCCGAUGGCGGAUCCUCUUCCAAAGGAAGAUCUGUUGAAAGUGUCGGAGAUUCUUCCGGGGACGGUGGAGGUGACGGAUACGGAGACGGAGGGAGUGACGGAGACAGUAACGGAAAGAGUGACGGGGGAGGGGAAAGCUCGUCGUCCUCUUCGUCUAGCAAGAAGAAAAAAAAGAAAAAGGGUUCCAAAAAAGGUUCUAAAAAGGGCUCUAAAAAACGUUCUAAGAAGGGGUCCCACAAAAAAAAGGGAUCUAAGAGUGGUUCGAGCUCGGGGGACGGAGGAUCGUCCAGCGAAGGUUCGUCGAAGAAGAAGCACAAGAGCGGCUCCAAGAAGCGCUACACGCAGGGCGAAGGCGACGGAUCGUCGUCGGGUGACGGUAACGGAGACGGAGGGGGUAGCGGGGGUGACGGUAACGGCGACGGAAAUGGCAACGGAAAUGGCGACGGGAAUGGCGACGGAAACGGUGACGGAAAUGGUGACGGAAACGGUGACGGGAACGGCAGCGGGGACGGAGGAGACGGAAACGGAGACGGGGGCAAGAGCUCCAAGAAGAACGGAGAGGGAAACGGAGACGGGUCUUCGUCUUCCUCUGACUCUGGUUCCGACAGUGAUGGCGGCGGGGACGGCAGCGGGGACGGCGGCGGCGGCGGCGGGGACGGCGGCGGGAACGGCGGCGGUGAUGGUGGCGGGGACGGCGGCGGGGAUGGUGGCGGUGAUAGUGGUGGUGACGGUGGUGGUGGGGAUGGGGGUGGAGAUGGGGGUGGAGAUGGGGGUGGAGAUGGGGGUGGAGAUGGGGGUGGAGAUGGGGGUGGAGAUGGGGGUGGAGAUGGGGGUGGGAAUGGGGAUGGGGGCGGGAAUGGGGAUGGGGGCGGGAAUGGGGAUGGGGGUGGUGACAGUAACGUGCCUGACGACGGGAGUACCGAAGGAGAGGGCCGUUCGGAGCGGAGCACAUCUGGGGGGUCGAGAUCACGCAAGCACAGGACCAGUAGGAAGGGGAAGAAGGGGAAGAAGGGGAAGAAGGGGAAGAAGGGGAAGCACAGGAAAGAGUCACCACCACCUGUUAUCGAGGUCCUACCCCAACCUGUUACUGUCACCCCUCCCUUCAACGUCAAACUCCCCCCGGUAAUAUCAUUCCCGCCUCAAGUCACCAACCCCUUACCCAUCGACCCGACCCCAGCUCCCGCCCUCGGCCCUCUCAUACCGGACAACGUCCUCCCCCUCCCCUUCGACCUCGUCCCCGUGCCCUCCCGCGCACCCACCGACUCGUUUACAUUAUCCCCGUUUAAAGGCAGAGUCGCGGUUUUCCCCAAGGCUCCCGGCCGGCCGGACCCCAAAGCGGCUCUAAUAAAGAAGAAUAAGCCGCCGGUGGUGAAACCUAAGGUGCCUAAGGUGCCGACGAUGCCUAAAGUCCCAACGCUGCCAGUAGCGCCGAAGCCGCCGAAGGUGCAGAUCCCGCCUUAUUCCCCGCCCGACGCGGGGGGGGGGUUCGAUCCGUGGGGGCUUCCGUUGGAACCGCAGGUGCCGCUCCAGCCACUGUCGCCACCGCCAUCGCCGUCGCCGCCGGUUGCUAAGGCUCCUCCCCCUCCCGAAGGUGCCGGCAUUCCCAACACCACCUACCCGCAGAUCCUCCCAGAAUCCUACAACGACGCAUCAGCAGUGGUCCGCACCAACACCACCACCACCACCGUCCCUCCGCCGCCGCCCAACGACUCUGGCGUUGACACUCUAAUGGUGGUCCUCAUGGUUACUGUUCCCCUGGGCGCUGCUGCCCUGAUCACCAUGGGCUUGCUCGGUUGGAACCAGUUCAGGAAGUGGCGGAUGAGCGCCCAAGGACCGACUACUGCUGGCGGUGGUAGGAGCCCAGGGUAUGAGAGUCUGGGGCGGGGGUUGAUGAAUCAAUGACAGGUGCGGCACUGGUAACCAUUGCUGUGCUGGUUACCAUUGGAAUGCUGCAAUGAUUGCUGGGGUUGGGCGUGGUGGGGCCUGGGGUGGGGCGGGGGGGACUCCUGGAUGAAUGAUGCGAUAAGGGGCGCAUCAAUGGUUUUGCUGAUUUAUUGACACAGGAUAGGCCCAUGAAGUGGGUGUAGAGGAGGCUGGGGUGUAGUAGUACACCCCAUAACCCUCACAGGAGCUAGGGAUAGCAGCUUCAGUUGCAGAAAGCAGCCAUGUUAAGAGUAGUUGGCAGCUAGACAGGAGCCUAGAAGCAGCUAGCAGCCUAGCAGCCGUUUGGCUCUGCUUCGGCAACUCGGCCCUCUGCAGAUUUAGACAUUAAUACCAAUAAUACCUACUAGAUGCCGAUGUAGUUCCCACCUGCUUCGUGUGUCCUCUGCAUUAUAAAAUACCACAUCACAC